AUGAUUCUGAUUGAAGGCAAGAAGUAUGCGUGCCAGGCAUGCAUUCGCGGACACAGAGCGUCGUCCUGCAACCACACGAGCCGGGAGCUGAUAGAAAUUCGGCCCAAAGGCCGGCCGGUCUCGCAGUGUGAGCGCUGCCGGCUCAUGCGCAAAACACACAAGGCGCAUGUCAAAUGCGAGUGCAUGGACAAAGAC